CUGCGGUUCCUCCAUAGAUCUGGAAUUGCUCUCUCGAAGCUUCCUCCGUUUCCAUUUCCUCUAUUGCUGGUCUUCGAUUAACUUCGUUCGUUGUCUUCAACAAUGGCGGAUGCUGAAACGUUCGCUUUUCAGGCCGAGAUUAAUCAGCUUCUCAGUCUGAUUAUCAACACCUUUUACAGCAAUAAGGAGAUCUUCCUUCGGGAACUUAUUAGCAACUCCUCUGAUGCUCUAGAUAAAAUCCGGUUCGAGAGCUUGACCGACAAGAGCAAGCUAGAUGCCCAGCCUGAACUCUUUAUCCACAUCAUUCCUGAUAAGGCAAACAAUACAUUGUCGAUUAUUGACAGUGGUAUUGGCAUGACCAAGGCUGAUUUGGUGAACAAUCUUGGAACCAUUGCGAGAUCUGGGACCAAGGAAUUCAUGGAAGCCAUUGCAGCUGGUGCUGAUGUGAGCAUGAUUGGGCAGUUUGGAGUUGGGUUCUACUCAGCAUACCUUGUAGCUGAAAAGGUGAUUGUAACCACAAAGCACAAUGAUGAUGAGCAGUACGUAUGGGAGUCCCAAGCUGGAGGUUCAUUCACUGUCACCAGGGAUACCUCUGGUGAGAAUCUGGGCAGAGGUACAAAGAUUACCCUGUAUCUCAAGGAAGAUCAACUUGAAUAUCUUGAGGAACGUCGUCUCAAGGACUUGAUUAAGAAGCACUCCGAGUUCAUUAGCUACCCAAUUUCUCUCUGGGUGGAGAAGACCACUGAGAAGGAAAUCUCUGAUGAUGAGGAUGAAGAGGAGAAGAAGGACGAGGAAGGCAAGGUUGAGGAAGUCGAUGAAGAGAAGGAGAAGGAAGAAAAGAAGAAGAAAAAGAUCAAGGAGGUUUCUCAUGAGUGGUCUUUGGUGAACAAACAGAAACCCAUCUGGAUGAGGAAGCCAGAGGAGAUUACCAAGGAAGAAUAUGCUGCUUUCUACAAGAGCCUUACCAAUGACUGGGAAGAGCACCUCGCUGUAAAACACUUCUCAGUGGAAGGUCAAUUGGAAUUCAAGGCUGUUCUCUUUGUCCCCAAGAGGGCUCCUUUUGAUCUCUUUGACACAAAGAAGAAGCCUAACAACAUUAAGUUGUAUGUUAGACGUGUGUUUAUCAUGGACAACUGUGAGGAGUUGAUUCCUGAGUACCUUGGUUUCGUGAAGGGCAUAGUCGACUCUGAGGAUCUUCCCCUCAACAUUUCCAGAGAAAUGCUGCAGCAGAACAAAAUCCUGAAGGUCAUCCGCAAAAACUUGGUCAAGAAGUGCCUUGAGCUCUUCUUUGAGAUUGCUGAGAACAAGGAAGACUACAACAAGUUCUACGAGUCCUUCUCCAAGAACUUGAAGCUUGGUAUCCACGAGGAUUCUCAGAAUAGGCCUAAGCUUGCCGAACUUCUCCGUUUCCACUCCACGAAAAGUGGUGACGAGUUGACCAGCCUGAAGGACUAUGUGACCAGAAUGAAGGAAGGUCAGAAUGACAUCUUUUACAUCACUGGUGAAAGCAAGAAAGCUGUAGAGAACUCUCCUUUCCUUGAAAAGCUCAAGAAGAAGGGUUACGAAGUUCUGUUCAUGGUCGACUCAAUCGAUGAGUACGCAGUCGGUCAACUGAAGGAAUUUGAAGGGAAGAAGCUCGUGUCAGCAACCAAAGAAGGUCUGAAACUCGAGGAAAGCGAAGAUGAGAAGAAAAAGAAGGAAAGCUUGAAGGAGAAAUUCGAGGGUCUUUGCAAGGUGAUCAAGGACGUGUUGGGUGACAAGGUGGAGAAGGUCGUGGUAUCUGACCGGGUUGUCGAUUCGCCGUGCUGUUUGGUAACUGGUGAAUACGGUUGGACAGCGAACAUGGAAAGAAUCAUGAAAGCUCAGGCGUUGAAGGACAACAGCAUGGCUGGGUACAUGUCUAGCAAGAAGACAAUGGAGAUCAACCCGGAGAACCCGAUCAUAGAAGAGCUGAGGAAGAGGUCUGACGAGGACAAGAACGACAAGUCCGUGAAGGACCUUGUUCUACUCCUGUUUGAGACUUCCCUGCUCACUUCUGGGUUCAGCCUGGACGACCCGAACACGUUCGGGAACAGGAUCCACAGAAUGUUGAAGCUGGGAUUAAGCAUCGACGAGGAAGAGGGUGAGGUGGAUUCCGAGAUGCCUCCUCUAGAAGAUGCUGAGGCAGAUGCUGAGGAGGGUAGCAAGAUGGAGGAAGUUGAUUAAUUUGAAGUUCAAACAAACUAGUAAGCAUCUUGUUUUAAGGCUGUUCUCACUUCACUGCGUUCUUAGGUGACUGUGUUUUUUCUUAUUACUUUUAACUUCGUUUCCCCCCAAGUUUUGUGGUAAUUCUAAUGGAUAUCAUAUUCGAAAGAUGUUUACUGAUUCAGACCCUUCUGUUUGAGAAUAACUUCAUAGACAUGAGAGUUGAAGAAAGCACUUUCCUAAUUCUCCUUUA